GGGAAUUCGGUCAGUCUUCUGAUAGAAACCGUGUCGAUCACAUCGAAAUUUUAAUUGUUCUCUUUGUUUGAUUGGACUAGCGCCCUCAAGUGACAUUAAUCGAAUUGCUGGCGCAAAUAACGGGUUCAUUGGACCGAGAUUUUUUUGUGACAGCUUUUUUAUUCGUGGUAGUCCUCAUCCGGAAGUAGGCAUUUUGAUAUGGCAUUGCCUGGCAAGAAUUCUGAGAGCGGAAGCGAUAUCGCUCUGGAUUUCCGCAAUUUACAUCUUGGUCCCGAAAGUCGCCCUCCGUCUGGUGUUUCUUUGCCGGAUUACUCAUUCUCGGGAAUCGGUUUCGUCCAAGCUAAUUCAAACAUUCGUGGAAUUUCCGGGGCACCCGUCGAGCGUUCGGCUUCUGAUAGGAAUCCUCCGAGAAAUGGGUUGCCACAGGACUACGGAUUUUCGUUUGUCCCUCGACCUUUAGGGGGAUCCUCUCGUCGGCGGACGGACGGAGAAUUAUCCGCUUUUGAGCAAUUUCAGUCCAUUUGCAACAAUAGAACCAAGCAGCAUUAUCCGCCGCCUGCUGAUCAAUCUUCCAAUGUUGCUGUGACGCAUUCCGGCUCCUUCAACAAUACCUGGCUCGGCGCUGCUCCGCUCACUGAUGACACGUUUGAAUGGAACAGCCGCGGGGAUAGCGGAUAUGGAACUAGUGUGGUUCAUCAUUUCAGGGACUUGACGACAGGCCAAGAUGCGCUGAGACGUAAGGUUUCAUUGACGGAUGAGCGACGAAACAGCAGCUCUGGCGACGACAUUGAGAACCGCUUCGGAGGACUGAUGCGUUCUUCGUCUUUUUCGUUCGGUUCUGGUGGGGCUCAACGUCAAUCCGAGAACAAGUGGAACAGCUUUCGCGCUGCGCGUGGUACGGAGGCCCACGCAGACUUUCGUGAUCUGUACAGAACGUCAACUCGUACCAAUCUUCCAUAUCUCGAAGAUUUUUCUUUAUUGAGUGACUCGUUUAUUCCCGCAGUUGCAGUAAGUGCCACGUCACCCGCCUUGACGUGGAAUGGGCAGUUACCCAAGUCGUCGCACGAGAAGGUGGAGUACUCCCCGAAAGUCUUCCUCGGCGGCGUCCCCUGGGACAUCAAUGAAGCGACGCUGAUCGCAGUUUUUCAACGCUUCGGAACGGUGGAGAUCGAAUGGCCUGGAAGAUCUGGAUCCGCAGAAGGCGGUUCGAGGAAUCGUCGGAACAGCAGUGAGGCUCGAGUUAGCAGCAAUCGAGGCUUCGGUGGCUAUUCCUGUUCUCCGCAUCAACUUCCAGUUUCGCCAGACAGCGGCGGGUUUUAUGCGCAGCAGGGUUCGUCCAGCUCCUCUGUCCGCAGCAGCGGUAACGGCAACAACAAUAAUAACGGGUCCGUAGCCCCGAAGGGAUACGUGUAUCUGAUCUUCGACAGCGACGAUGCAGUGAAGCGGCUUUUGAGCGAAUGUUCGCACGACUACACGCAGGGCGGUAACUGGUUUUACCGCAUCCCGACGCGCAACAAUAAGUCUCGCACUAAGGAGGUUCAAGUUAUUCCGUGGCUUGUGAGCGAUGGAUAUCACGUGAUGGAAAAGGAUAAGCUGCAAAGCGACCAACCGUUCACUGUAUUUGUUGGAGCUUUGCAUGGCAUGCUGACAGCGGAAGCCUUGGCGACGAUUAUGAACGACUUGUUCGGAGGCGUGAUUUAUGCCGGGAUCGAUUCUGAUCGAUUCAAGUAUCCCAUAGGAUCCGGACGCGUGACUUUCAAUUGUCGGGAGUCCUUCUUGAACGCUGUCAAAGCCGCUCACAUAAUCGUCAAGUGUCCGAAAUUCACGAAAAAGAUACAAGUGGACCCGUAUUUGGAAGAAAACAAUUGCGAGGUGUGUGUGAUGAUGCAAGGCCCGUUGUUUUGCCGCAUGAUGACCUGUUUCAAGUACUACUGCGAGGGUUGCUGGGCUGCUCAGCAUUCCAGCCGCGAAAUGGCCGACCACCGUCCUCUCACUCGCCAUUCCAAGUCCACGCCGAUUCCGACUGCCAAACGUUCUCGUCGACCCAGCUAUCAUCAGCAUCAAGUCUCUUUUGACUAAUGGUGAUGAGUGCCAGAGAAAAAGAAAGAAACUCGAGGUUAGGUCGACCAAGUCUCUCCGCUUUUUCUGCGGACAUCGUCCUGUUGAGACAGGAUUGACCAAGUGUUAUUCGACGAGCUUCUCAUUCUUUUUGUUUGUUUUUGUUUGCAGGGAUGCCAUCUAGAUAUAUAUGCCCGAGGGAAAUGUCAUACUGUACUUUAAGAAAUUAAGUGUUCAUCGUUAAGACGCCAGUCCGAGAUUAAUGAAAAUUAGUCGUGGUAUAGGUUGACGAAGCUCAAGGACGUUUCGUUCAGAACGCUGUGAUCAGUUUGAAAAUUUCGUUGUUGGAUAGGAAGAAAUCGUUCAUGGAAGAUAUCGUAUAUAGUGGGCUGCUAAAUCUUGUAGUGUUUGUUGGAGAAAAAAGAUUGAUGCACGUUAGUGCUAACGUGAGGCUGUAAUCCAUCCCAAGAUCUAUAUUCAAUGCCGGGAAAUUUUGGAGUCGUUCAGAGGAUCAAUUGUUCGGAUGCUGGAAGAGAUAAACACACCUGUGAUGGCGAACAGUGUUGAGGAAUGAUCGCUCGAAAUCGUGGUGGACGAAUCCUUGAGAUUAGGAAAUGGACCAAAUUUGAGGAAUGAGUAAUGGGGUUGAUGCCUGUGUAUGUGCCAAUGUGCCUUCGAUUGGAAGGCAUGAGAGAUGUAUAUUUUUUUCUUUUCAGUUUGAGAAGAUCAGGGAGCUUUUUUUAUAGUAGAUCCAGAGCUUAUUUUUUGAAAGGGAAUUUUUGUGGGGCUGAACUUUCUUUUGAUUCGAUAUUCUCGCUUCAUUAUCGACAGAAUCUCAUUUGUCUUUUCUGAUCUCAGGGAGGUUGAAAAGGAGUGCCUUAACUUCUCAAAUAUUCCAGAAGCAAUGAUUACAGCAAUUUAGUUUCAAUUAAAGGAACCGCACACUGGGUUCAAUUCCCAGCGACAUUUUAGAGAGGAAAACGAACUAAAUUUCAUUUUUCUGAUCCCUCCGCCUUACUGAUAAGUAGUCUAAUUUUACCGAAUAAUAAACGGUAUUAUCUAACAAAGAAAUCAAGCUUGAAUCUUAUGAAACGUUGAAUCUAAAAUAAAUAAACCUUUUGCAUUCAUCCGAACUUCAAUGCGAAGCUAGGUUUACAUCGAUUAAUUAUAUUACUGUAUUGUGCCUAAUAUUUUGUAAAAUUUCGUGCCUUCGGUUGUAGUACGGAAUAAGAAAAAAUACAGCAUGACGUGUAAGUUGGCUCAUGGGCUGUGAAGUAGUUCGUUUUUCGUCUCGCAGAUGUCAGUAAUGUUGCGCUGGUCCUUCAAGAGAAACGAGCACCAUGAUGGGUUCGUGUUAAGAAUCUCGGGCUUAAAUUUCAUCAGUUUUAAAGCUAUCUCUCAUGCAGAACUAUUUCUUUGUGUGCCGAUUUUACUCGUUUUCUGAAUCCAUGAUACUCCCAUUUUUUUUUGUCGCGAGUUGUGUCUUCAGCGGCAAAUGCGUAGGAUUUGUUGCAGCGAUCGGAUCAGUCGCCUGAUGAAGUUCAAGUGUUGUCAGUUCGUGUGUGUGAUCUGUGUUUAUCUUACUGAGUGGCUCUGCUUCGAUUUCAUUUGGUUCGUCUGCAAGGUUUCUGCUGUGAAAUUCCUCCGUUUUUCCUGUAAUACCUCAGCUCAGUGAUUCGAAAUAGGAGUUAAUUUUAGUUUUCAAUUACUGUAUAUGUGAAAAUUGCUUCGUGUUAUUAUUUUUGAAACUUUGAGGAAGCCUGUAUGGAAAUUCUGACUGUAUACGGUUCCCUGAAAUGCGUAUAUAUUCAGAUUAAUUCUGUUGAAACUUUUACGAAAAAGUUGUGGAUGGAUAUUUGAUUUUGUGCGAGGGUUGUGUUUUCUACCCUGUCUUGAGAGGUUUUUAAGUUUUGUACGUUGGUCACCCUGAAUCAACAACACUGAAGCGACUCGUUUAGUUUCCGGACGCGACUCGUGUUUCGCUGGAUUACUCGAUUUCCUUUUUUUAUGUUUCCCUUCCUUGGCCAGCUCGUGUUUCCCUCGCCUAUAUACGAGCUCCUAAAGCGAGUUUCUGAUAAAUGUUUGUCCGCAGUAAUCGAGUGUACAUAUUGCGUCGUUAUAUAGGGAAAAUUAAACAGGAUCGAACUACUGAACUCUCAUCGCGCGCGCGUGUUGGGCGAUUUUCUUCAAUUUCGUGCUGUCGUUUGUCGGAGAGGUCGUUUGCGUUGAGAAAUGAGAAUUCGGUUUGCGCGUCUUUGUUUUUCUCGGGAAGAAAUAAAACAUGGAAGGAAUCAUUUGAAA